CACCAGCGCUGUGUAUAUUUACUGCAAUACAAAGAAGACUAACAGACCACCUCCAGCUUCAGAUGAGAAACAUGACGAAGAAACCUAAAAUUAGAAGAAGACUAAUCUCUAACACCUCUGCUGUGCCUGAAGACUUAAUAUAACCUGAGGGUGUUUAUGAGGAACAGGAAGCUGAAGACCUGUGUUAAAGUCAGCAGCUUUAAUAUGUUGGAUGGAGUGUGUUUAUCUGUUCACACAUUUUAAAACAGAUAAACACACUGUCACACCUCGUACACGACAACACCAUGAGAACAGACUGUAGAGAGAAACCUCAGCAGCUUCAGCUUCAGCUCAGUGAAACCAUCAGGAGGAAGCUGCUGCUGUGGUUUUACAACAAAAAAACUACACAAUUAUCAGCUUUAUUAAGAAUACAGCUCGGUCACAGACGACACACGUGUUGGUUAUUGUUGGUUGAAUGAUUGUUGGUUAUUCUACCAGCUGCACAACAAUUUCCCCCUCAGGGAAAAUAAAGAUAAUUGAUAAUCAGUUUAUGGAUAAGUUAAUAAGAGGACGAUUAAUAUUCAAAUAUUAUUCUAAUAUUCAGAAGUCUAAAUACAAUCUGUUUAUUUCAUAUGAAUAAAUCUAGUUUGUAGCAUUAAUAAGAGAACUGGAGAAGUUAGAGAAACUUGGUUCCGCACACACUCUGUUUUUGUUUCUCGUCGGACAGUUUUUGUAGCUGCACCGAAACCUGGAACAACUCGCUCCGUGCAGAUGUGCAAAGGUGGUGCAUCAGCCCCUCCACCCCCCGAGAAAACACAAUAACAUGUUUUACUGGAUGAAGAGAAACACCGGAGGCUCCGAGACUCUCGACGGGCUCGGUGACAUGUCCAAGGCCGAGAUCCUGAGGGGGAUCGUCACCGAGAAACUGGCCACCGCCGCCGAGGAGAUCCUAGCGGUCGUGGAGAGAACCGUAGCCGGGUACGAGGAGGAGGCUUCGGGCUUCAGGCGGGAGAUCGACCGGCAGAGGAGGCAGCUGGAGGUUCUCCUGCAGCCGCGGGUCAAACUGGAGAGAAGAGCUGUGAAUCCAGAUGUGGACAGACGUGAUGUGGUUGUUUUAAGUGAGGGUGAAGAGGAGGAGGCAGAGGGGGAGCAGCACACACAGCAGCCAGAUUCAGGCGACUCCGGGAGUCUGGGAUUCCUGUGGUUCAAUGGCGAUGACGAGGGCGAAGACGAAGAGGAGCAGCUGUCAGUGCAACAAGAAACAAGCUCCAGACAGAAACAAGAAGAUCUGCGGGACCCUGAUUAUCAAAUACCAUCAAGGUCGAUUCCCCUCAGAGUCCGGUAUGACAGGAGGAAGCCCGGUAAACCUCGGAUCAGCAACACACCGAACCAUCUAGACCUCAGGAUCCGCAUCCUGGAGGACUCGCAGACCGAGGUGCUCUCGAAAAAGGUGUUUAAGAAAUGUCCAAUCCAGGAGCUGCAGUGUCCUCGUGGUCUACAGGAAGCAGACUUUGUGGACCUGCUGAGGUCCACCUUCCCUCAGCUAGGGGCUGAUAAACCUUUUGACGUCUUCACAUCGGACAGAAGCAGGAGACUGCUACCUCUGAGAUUAAAGACACUGACACCAGAGGAGAUCUACAGGACCAUUCGGUACACCGGAGCAGGACACUCGGCCCUCUACAUCCGACUGAAGACCGGAGAAGAUGCCCAGACCAGCAGCGAAGACCUUCAUGCUCCAUGGAGACAAGACGAAGAUUCUCCGUCCAGCUCUGCUACGAUGACGACCGACCAAACCGAAAUGAACACGAAAGAUCAGUCUGAGAGGAGGAAGCGUGGUCGACCUCGGCUCGGCGAAGAGCCCACCCACCACUACUUCAGGAUCUGUAUGCUGGAAGAUUCCCAGUCUGACGUGCUCUCAAAAAAUGUGUUGACGAAAUCCUCAAUCCAAGACCUGAAGUGUCCUCGUAGUCUACAGGAAGCAGACUUCCUGGACCUGCUGCAAUCCACCUUCCCUCAGCUGGCUGGAGACAACAAAUCUUUUCACAUGUUCAAGUCCGACAGGAGCAAGAGACUCCAGAGACUCAAAGUGAAGACUCUGACACCGGAGGAGAUCUACAAGACCAUGAAGUCCACCGGGGUCGAAAAGACGAUCCUCUACAUCAGACCAACGACAGGAGAGGAAGAGGAGGAAGAGGAAGAGCCUCACGUUUUACCAGGAAACGAUGACGCCACAGAUGAUUCUCUGUCCACUGCCAUGGUGAUAAGUGAUGAAGCCGGGAUCAGUCCAAGCAGCCCGGUUCAACAGUCAGAUGGUAACCAAGUGGAUUUUCUCUCGAGCACCUCAACGUCACAACAACACAACAUGGAAACCGAUGACGAAGAUGCUGCUGAGAGCGAAGUGGCGUCCGGCAACAACGUCAGUGACCGGAAAUCACAUCGUGAGCUGCAGUUGUCAAAGAUGAGGAGGCGGCGGCCCAGAGCCUUUGUAGUGGAGCGGAGUAAAACGCCCUGUAAAGUCUGUGGAGUUUGGUUCAGGGUGCUGGGCAGCUUGAUCAAACACGCCUGGAGACACAUGGACGACCCGCAGCGCGCCUGUGGAGUGUGCGGAGAGCAUUUCGAAUCUGUUGAGGAGUUAAAGAGACAUUUUAGAAACAACCACAAAACUCACGACUGUUCACACUGCGGGAAGUCUUUCUGCACCGUCACCGGCCUAAACUACCACACCACCCUGCACACAGGAAACCGACCGUUCAAAUGUGACGUUUGCAACAAAACCUUCGCUCACAUGUCCAGCCUGAGUAUUCACCGCUGGGUCCAUGUGGGGGAUAAACCGCACAAGUGUGAUCUUUGCCCAAAAGCGUUUGGACUGAAGGCUCAGCUCAAAGCUCACAGCAAGGUGCACACAGGUAAAGACAAGUAUCACUGUAACAUCUGCGGGAAGUACUUUUACGACCUCCGAUCUUUAACCCGCCACAGGGUGACGCACUCGGGGGAGAGGCGUUACGGAUGCGAGGUUUGCGGGAAGCGUUUCAAACUCCCCGGCACGUUAAAAUCACACGAGAAGAUCCACACGGACAGAGACCGGCCGUACCUCUGCCACAUCUGCUGCAAAACCUUCCUGUCCAACUGCGGUUUGACGGCUCACAUUAGAACGCACAGCGACGAGCGUCCGUUCAUCUGCAUCGUCUGCGGCAAAGGCUUCAUAUCCAACGGCGAGCUCAAAGCUCACACGAGAGUCCACACCGGCGAGGCGCCGUACGGCUGCUCCGAGUGCGGCCGCUUCUUCAAACGCAAGACUCACCUGAACAACCACGUCAGGAGCCACUUGGGCAUCAAACUGUUCGCCUGCGGGGUUUGUGGGAAAGCCUGCUCUCGCCAAGAGCACCUGACCGUCCACAUGAGGACGCACAACGGAGAGAGACCGUACCAGUGUUCCCUCUGUGAGAAAGCCUUUACUCAGAGCCACUGUCUGAAAACACACAUGAAGAGUCACCAGGUAGAAGAAAACCUUUUUCUGAGUCCGUCCACGUCCUAAAAAAACAUUUAUAUCAGCCGGUUCUGUCUCUAAAGGACAAAUGAAGGUCUUUGUGAUGGGGCUGGGUAUCAAACCUAAAAGGAUAACUCCGAUAUUUUUGAACCUGGAUCUUAUGUGCCCAUAUUAUUGGGUGUAAAUGUUUAAUAGGGACUAUUGGUGCAGUAUUAAUAGGAAUAAAAACAUAGGAAGUAAGAUCCAGGUUCAAAAAUACAGGAGUUAUCCUUAAAUUCUUAAAUAAAUUCUUAGAUAAUUCGCAAAUAAUUAUUUUGCCAGUUUUUGAUUGCAGUUUAUGUAGACAGAGUUCUUCCAUUUGGCUGCUUGUGUUUUAUACAUUUUACAACUGGCUUGUUUUAUUAUUAUUAUUAUUUAUUAUAAAGUGUUGUUUUGUUAUUGAUGCUGAAAUUCAAGUGUUGAGAAACGAUACCCAGCCCUAGUUUUUGAUAGAAAAGUUAGUCGAUGUGGAAUCAGUGCACAGCCUUAAUUUAUCAAGAAACAAGAUGAAAAUGUGCUUAAACAACUGAUUAAUCGAUCAAAACUGACCUGAAACUGAAAUUUGUUUAUGUUGAUUAUUGAGCAAAAUUGUUGCUUUUCUUUGAUUUAACUGUAAAUUAAACGUCUUUUGGUUAAAGGGUUUUGGUCAAACAAAACAAUUUGAAGACAUCAAUGUGACAUUUUAGUAAAUGGUUGAAAAUAAUCAUGAGUUCCAGCCCUAAAAAAUAACUUGUAUGAUUAUUACAACUUUCUUUAAGCCUGUGGCAGUAUUAACUGAAAUCUGCUUUUUGAACUUUGUGUUUGUACAAAACUAUGACAUCUGUCAGGUGUAUAAAGUUGUGUUGUACUUAUUGUUGAAUCUUCUGCUUUCAGCUCAUGUAAAGUUCACUCUUUGCUAAUACAUGCUAAACUUUGUUCUCUUGAAGGUGAAGUUGUGACUUUUUUAAAGACUGAAGUUGUGUUCUCUUAAUUCUCAUUCUGUAGAUAAUGUUGCAUUCAGGGUGAGCGGGAAAUGUUAUGUUCCCUCCAAACGAGAAGGUUAAUUUCACUUAAUCAGCCGUUAAACUGUAAUAAUCCUAAUUUUUAACUGUUUAAUAUUUUUGUUGAAUGUGAAGUCAGAGCGCUUCCAAAUCUGACGUGGUCCUGAAUGCAGCAUGUGGUGCCUUAAAGUGCAUGUUUUCCUCAACUGAUAUUAUUCAACUUUUAACAGUGAAUAUCCUGGUUUCUCAUUUUUACGUCUGCAGCGAACUAAAGAGCGACUGUCUACAUGUACUUCACUGUAAAAAAAAAAACAACAAAAAGUGAGUCUGUUUGUUUGCUAUGUUGAAUGUGACCUUAAUAAACUACAUUCUGGAAAAAUAAUUCAAAAUGGUACGUUAUUUUGUUCCAUACACAACUUUAAAAAAACAUUUUUUACCUUAUGAAGUUCAUCAGAAAGUACAGUUCCUUUAACUUUUUCUAAAUGUAUUUUUUUACAGU